UGUUCUUUUCCCAUUCGUAGAUAUCUGCUCUCACAAUUCAGAUACGGCAUAUCACCAAACAACCGGAGGUAAGCACCAAUUAUCUCUUCCAACUCUAAUAUUCAGUUCACCAAAUUUAAUACACACUCACUUAAACCAAUACCAUUAUAUCUCUAUGUUUCACUCAAAUCUGUCCAGUUGCUCUUCGUUACUUAGACUCUCAAUUCAUUGAGGCAUGUAAGAGUUUAGAGUUAGAAGUUAGAACUAUUGGAGCUUCCCCAAGUUUUAAAUAUGAUAAUUGGACUAUUUCAUAUGCUCUCUUUCCAUUUAACAAAAAAAAAAAAAAUCCAAGUUUCUUAUUUCUGAUUUUAAUAAACAGCUUGAAAGUACCAUCCCAGAAUCAUUAUCGUUAUAUUACAUGCUAUAUGCUGAUGCAUUGCUGGUCCUAAUAGAAAGUUACUAAUGCAGCACCCUCAUUGAACUAGAAUGAGUAUGCCGUAUGCGUUUCUAUUCAUAUUGAGAAGAACUAUGUUACUUUUUGAAGAUAAAAUAAUAUGUGGUUCCCAUAAAAUGGUUUAUUUUACUUUUAUCCCCUUGCAUUAAAGAUGUAGAAACAUAAAAUUUUAUCCAUGUUUCAAUGUAUUUUCCAAAGAAGAGAAAAAGAGUGGAAAAUUUACUUCUGCGCUGCAACGAUAUAUGCAUAGCAUCACAUUUACUGAUUUUGUAGCUACAGUGACAAUUUAUGUCAUUUUUCAGUACUGGCUGGAAGCAUCACCUCAUGAUUUAAAUAUACAGUACAUAUGUAUAAAUUUUUAAAAUAUUAUUGAAAUAUCCAUGUACUGGUAGUUGACGGAGUUGAAGGAAGAGCCCAUUAAACUCUUUAGUUUUGGUUCUUCUGCUGCAGAAUCUCCAAUACUUGAUGGAUACUUAUAGAUUGAUCUGAUUUGAUCCCGUUUACAUAUAUAUGCAUGAGUGUCUUAUAUAUGUUUCAUUAAUAUGCCUGUUAAUAGAUUUUUCUUUUAUGUAAAUGACUAAACUGGUAAAUCGUUAUGCAAAAGAAGAGAAGAAACUGGUUUGUGUUUGUGGCCAUGCAAGGGCAGAGUACGGUCCAUCACAAGGACUUGUUCAGUUUCAGAGCAAGCACAAUUAAAAGACAAUUGAAGACAAGUGGCCCGUCCACACUUUCAAGUUUGAGUCAUGUCAGAUUCAGCCUGGUGAGGGAGAAAAUUUCUUUGAGAUUUGACCACUCAAUCCGACCCAUCAAAAUCAAAGCUGCAGAUGGAAAUCAAGGAGAGCUGUCGGAUGAAGAUGAUGAUCUUUGUCCUGUGGAAUGUGUUAGAGAAUUCAAGACUGAUGAAGAGUUCUUGAAGAUCCUAGAUAAAGCCAAAGAACAUAAUUCUUUAGUUGUAGUAGAUUUUUAUCGAACUUCUUGCGGAAGCUGCAAAUAUAUAGAGCAAGGAUUUGCAAAGUUGUGUAGGGGAGCUGGUGAUGAAGAAGCUUCAGUAAUCUUUCUAAAGCACAAUGUAAUUGAUGAAUAUGAUGAACAAUCUGAGGUUGCUGAACGGCUAAGAAUUAAGACGGUGCCCCUUUUCCACUUCUAUAAAAACGGGGUACUAUUGGAAGCUUUCCCAACUAGGGACAAAGAAAGGAUUAUUGCUGCGAUUGGUAAAUACACAUCCUCUGUAUCUUAAUCUAAAUAAAUAUUUUCAGUUCUGGGCUUUGUUACUUUAAAAAUAAAUUAUGCAGUUGAUAUUAUAUACAAAUAUUUAUAGGGAUUGUAUAAUACUAAACAAAGACUUUCCACAUAUUAAAACGCCCAAACUCGAUUUCCCUACCUA